AUGAUCUUGGAUCCACACAAAAAACGAUUUGUGAUCGUAGCUGUCAUGGCCGAUGUCGAAAUUCCAUCGCUGCAUUCCACCCAGGGUGAAAACAGCAUGUACGGCUCAGCUAUUGUGUUUGUGGCCAUAUCUUUAGCCGUGAAUGCUGCUGCUCCAUCCUGGGAUACUUGGGGAGAAUGGGGAGCCGAAUGCAGUAAAUGCUCCGGUGCAGUUUCUCGUGGUCGCUCAAGAGUCUGUAUUCCAGGAGACGAUCUAAGCCUUUGCAGUGGCUCUCGUCUGGAAAAGGAAUUAUGUCCCGAUUGUACUGCGGAAUGGACCGAAUGGUUUAUCGGUACCGAAUGUUCUGAUACCUGCGGUUUAUGCGGAAGAUUUACAAGAACUCGAGAAUGCGCAAGCCCAGCCGGGUGUCCCACUCCUCCUCCUACGGCUUGCGUAGGAAAUAGCACAGAUCAGAAUACACCGCCUUGUGAUGGUGGUGAUAUUUGUCUCUUCCCGAAACCUAACUGUUGUAUGGGUGUUAAAACGGCUGAUACAGGCAGUAAACGAUUCCACUGCAAGAUCGAGUGAAAAUUUUCAAAUAUUUCUUCUGCAAUUAGCUUUGUCAAUCUUUCAUGAUUGGGUUGCUGUAAAUUGCAAUUUCUUAUGACUUGAUUCAACGUGGGC